AAAAUGAAUCCGGUUAGUCGAUGUGCUUGUUCUUCUCUGCGUUGCAUACGUGUACUGUAUGCGGCUGAAACGUCAUUGUCGUUACAUUUCCAACACACCUGUCGCUUGGGAACCUCUGUGGUGUUCGUUGUCGAACGAAUUCUGCUGCACCACCCGAGCAGAGCGAAGGGCGAUAACGCAAGCAAGCCGCUAUGCCUAUGGCGUGGCGAGCAGCGGUGAUUCUACUGGCUUUCCUGGCGCUGACAGAUGGAGCAUGUCUCGCUCCGGAAUUGCCCGUAAGCGGGAAUUAUCACAUUGAAGGACACGGAAAGGUUGUCUCCAAACUUCCGUACCAGCAGGGUAAUGUCCUGACGUUGGUGUGCAAUGCAGGAUUCACCGGGAGCAUAAUCGCCGUGUGCCAGUCGGACGACACGUGGAGCUCUCUGUCAGCAAACUGUCAACGUAUCAGUUGUCCACGCCCAAGUCACCUUGCCAAUGGUGGUUACAGUCACACGGGUCUGAGGUAUCAAGACACAGUAGUUUAUCACUGUAAUGAAGGCUAUUUCAUUGUGGGUCAUCCACGUGGUUUUCUAACAGUACGGUGUUUGGCCAACGGGACAUGGUCUCCGCCUAAACCCACAUGUCAACGUAUCAGUUGUCCACGCCCAAGUCACCUUGCCAAUGGUGCUUACAGUUACACGGGUCUGAGAUACCAAGACACAGUAGCUUAUCAUUGUAAUGAAGGCUAUUUCAUGGUGGGUCAUCCACGUGGUUUUCUAACAGUACGGUGUUUGGCCAACGGGACAUGGUCUCCGCCUAAACCCACAUGUCAACCGCGCGCACACACACCAGCAAGUGGAUGCUCCAAUAGCACUGAAGCCAGCUUAUCUGUUCACACUUCAAUCCUGCUGGGGCUAGUUAGCGGCAUAGUGAUCAUGGCCGUCCCGUUGCUAUGGGUGUGUCGGCAAUGGAGGAAGACGGUGCGCAAGCAGCACUGUGAAGGAAGCCAAACGGAACAACAAGUCGUGCAGAUGCCGACCUUGACGGACAACGAGGCAUACGGCUCUGCAAACAGAUCAAACGCUGAAGAAGAUACGGGCUACGAGUGUGUGGCUUAGCACAUUAUAGGAAUUAUCUGAUGAACCCCAUCAAUAUGCAUUGGUGAUUUACAAUAGCGAGAGUUCCCAGAUUGCCUAGAGUGCUCAACACCACAAGGAUGGAGCAUUACCACAAAGGCAGAAGAGAACAGAGACAGCCGACUAGGUCAUUGUUGUAACGCUGCGUUUCAUGCGCAUAGCAAAGCUAAGGCAAUCCUCAGACAACUGAUUGGUGAUUCUGGUUUGGGUGAAGCUGAAGUAAAGAUUUCAAUUUUCACUUUCUUUUUUUCAUGUGGUAGCUAAGACUGCUGCUAUGGAACUGAUGAGGAUGCUUUGGAAUUGUUGGCAUGCACUUCGAAAUACUGUACUUGGAAGUACAUGCAUUUACAUUGCAUUGCAGUGUUAGUGUUAGUGUCCGUGAAGCAUUGCCACGUUUCUUGUGUACAAGUAGAGAUCACAUCAUACGUAACUAGUGCUGGAUGUCCGGGUCUGGCUUCCAAAUGCGGACCAGGUGAUACUGCUCUCAGUUGCCGCUGUGAGCAGGUUGAAGUCAAGCAAUGCAUUGACAGCAGCAGCAAUAUUCUCUUCCACACGUGUUCCUAUCGGUAGUAGUCCCCAUUUGCGUCCUGGCCAGGCAUGUUUAGUCUUUCGUUUCUUGGUGCUGACCACUUUAAUGCACUGUUCGCUAUCACACAAUUUCAGCGUGCCUGAGGGCAUGUUCGAUUGGUAAGGAUCGGGAUCGGGAUCCAGAUCUCAGAUCCCUCGGAUCCUUCAGAUUCAACUGAACACUUUAUUUUGGACCUUGACUGUUGCCAUGUUGAAAAUGGCUCUCACAAGGCACCCAAAAGGGUGAACGUCGUACUCAUCCCGUGCGUCGUACAAAAAGUCAACAAGCUCUAUCUCCAUCCACGUGUGCGUACCACAAUGUGUACAAAAAUGAUUU